ACCUCGAUGAUCAGCCGCCACCAUUCCUUCAUUUCCCAGACUGCCUUGCGCCCCCCCGAACCCCGCCUUUCCUUUCCCUAAACUUCAGUUGUGUCGACUUUCUGUUUUGCAGUGAUUUGAUUGCUCGGUCUCAGCUCUGCGAGUUGGCCCGGACCCGGACACACCUCGCCCCCCCGCCCCGCUCUCCCCCACCACUGACGCUCCUCAUCAUCACCAAAGAAGAAUAAAAAUUACAGUUAAAAAAAAAAAAGUUGGUAUCGUUGUGACGCCCCUUCGCUCUCCAGGCUGGAAGAUGUCCGCUGAUGACUUCUGCGGGCCCGAGUCUGUUUAGGAAGAGCCCUUUUCCCUGCGGAGCUUGACCGAGGAAAAAAAAAAACCAAGCGCUCGGGUUGCCGCUCGGUGGCAACUGUCCGAGGCCCCACACCUCUAACCCGGGGCCGGAUGGCGGUGCAGCGGUUACCCGGAGCUACGCGGAGCUAACUGCUAUGGCCGUUGUGCCCGGGCGACGCGGGGACGGACCGGAGAUGCCCUCCGGCUAGCAGCGCUAACGGUAUCUGCACCACAGCUAACGUUAGCUCGCAGAACACGCACGUUAUUUAGCACUAAAAACCACGUCGUUGUGGUGUUUUCCCUUCUUUUUUUUGUUGUUGACAGUGUUGUUGACAGUCUGCGAGACGGUGCGUUUUAACAAAUAAAUAUGCCGGCGUAGCGGAAGCUUUUGUUCUCGAACCGUUGGAAUCCGUUAAAAAAAAAAACCGCACUGCCACAAACCACAAACAACAAUGUGCCUCUUAAAACGGACCGUAUUUAACAGCAGAUGAGUGAUCAAAGUUCUAGUCUGCUACUAACUAGUACGCAAGGGGGGGAGAAAGAAAAGCAAAUAGGUGUGAAACAGGACUCACUCCCAGCAGAGCGGCUGGAAUAAGACUCUCACUUUGGGUGUGAAGCACCUGCUGAACCCCGCAAACCACCGAGCGGAAGGAGGCCGCGGCCCCGCGGCCCCGGGGACCCACCAUGGAGGGAAACGUACAGCAGCAGAAAACUACACCUUUAGCUCGGGAACUGACGAGGACGUUCAACAGCUACAACAAGCACACCGUGCAGCUGAAGAAGAACCUGAAGGAGACCAACGCGUUCUUCCGGGAAAUUAGGCAAAACUACAGCAAUGCUUGUGCGUCAACGAUGAGCUCGGAUUCAGCUUCUUUUGAGGCAGGCCAGCUCAGCUGCAUCUCUUUCCCCGGCCACGAGGAAGAGUUUCUGCGUAACACAGUGGGUGCUGCCCCGUGCAUCCUGGUACUGGGCCAGGACUGCGCCGCCCGCUACCAGCUGCUUAACUGCCUUUUGGGGGAGAGGUUGCUGCCACUGUGCCUAGAGGCCGGAGAGGCCUGCAAAGGAGUCCAGGGUAGUGUCUGCAAGAGGCGGAAGCUGUGUUUCACCCAUGGGAGACAGACACGGCUCAGCCUGGCGCUGCCGGGCCAGUAUGAGCUGGUGCACCAGCUGGCGGCCAACUGUGGUCGCUGGGACACGGUGCCCCGGGAAGACCUGGAGAUCCAUGAGGAGUGCGAGGACCCGGCACACAGGCUGGCAGAGCUGGAGAUCACCCUACAUCACCCGCUGCUACAGGAAGCAAAGGUUAUGGUGGUGCCUUGCCAAAGUGUCCAGCCCAUAGAAGAGGCCCUGGCCGACUGCACCCGCACUGUCAUCCCCAUCCUACUCUAUGCCAUCAACCAGGACACACUCGGCACAGACCACGUGGCAGAGCUCAGGAAGGUCAAAGAGAUGCUCUCCUUUCCCAUCUGUUUCAUUCGUAUUCCUGACCCGAUGCCAGCGGCCUCCCCGGAACCCGGCCGACGUGGCGAGAGGGAGAAGGAGCGGGACAGGGAGAAGAGCGCCCUCUUCAAGCAGCUGCUCUCCCUCGGCUUCCUUAGUAACCCCGUAGGAAACUGCUCCUGUGGCGCACCUACCCAGACGUCCGCCCCGGGUGCCAAACCCCUUAGCCUGCUGGUGGAGGCUUUUGAAAGGCUGCAUCGGUUGCUGGUACCUUUUACUCGCCAAGUGCUUCAAAACCAGCAGGUGGAGGCGGCGAACCUGCUUAACGGGGUUCAUUGUCGCUGUCUAGAUAUUUUCAUCAACCAGGCCUUUGACAUGCAGAGGGACCUACAGAUAACGCCCCGGCGGCUGGAGUACACCCGUGAGAAGGAGGGUGAACUCUUCACCUCCCUGAUGGCCAUCGCUAACCGUAAACAGGAGGAGAUGAAGGAGAUGAUUGUGGAGACGCUCGGCAGCAUGAAGGAGCAGCUGCUGGAGGAUGCUGCCAACCUGGAGUUUACAGACAUCAUUGUAACAACUAAUGGAGAUCCUGUAACGUCGAAGGAGAUCAAAUCUUGCAUCCACCAGAUCCAGGAGCUGAUCGUGGUUCGUUUGAAUCAGGCCGUGGCAAAUAAACUGAUCAGCUCUGUGGACUAUCUAAGGGAGAGCUUCGUAGGAACUCUGGAGCGAUGUCUCAACAGCCUGGAGAAAUCACACAUGGAUUCUUCUGUCCACAACAUCACUUCCAAUCACCUCAAACAGUUAUUAAAUGCUGCCUAUCACGUGGAGGUCACAUUUCAUUCGGGAUCCUCUGUCUCAAGACUCUUCUGGGAACAAAUCAAACAGAUAAUCCACAGGAUAACGUUUGUGAACCCUCCUGCCGUCUCUCCAGAGUGGAAGCGGAAAGUGGCCCAGGACGCCAUAGAAAGUCUCAGCGCUGCCAAACUGGCCAGAAGCAUUUGCUCCCAGUUCAGAACCCGCCUGAACAGCUCCCACGAGGCCUUCGCAGCAUCUCUGCGCCAGCUGGAAGAAGGGCACACGGGUCGUCUGGAACGCACCGAGGACCUGUGGCUGCGUGUGAGGAAGGACCACGCCCCUCGGCUGGCCCGCCUGUCUCUGGAGAGCCGCUCCCUCAGGGAUGUGCUGCUGCACGGCAAGCCGAAGCUCGGCCGAGAGUUGGGUCGGGGCCAGUACGGAGUUGUGUACCUGUGUGACAGUUGGGGGGGACACUUCCCAUGUGCCCUGAAGUCUGUGGUACCACCUGAUGAUAAACACUGGAACGACCUGGCUCUGGAGUUUCACUACACGAGGUCCCUACCCAAGCAUGAGCGGCUUGUGGACUUGCAUGGCUCUGUGAUCGAUCACACCUACGGAGGCGGCUCCAGCAUCGCUGUGCUGCUCAUCAUGGAGCGGCUGCACAGAGAUCUCUACACAGGCUUAAAGGCUGGUCUAUCGCUGAGGGAGAGACUUCAGAUCGCCCUGGAUGUGGUGGAGGGGAUCCGCUUCCUGCAUGGCCAGGGCCUCUUACACAGAGACAUUAAGUUAAAGAAUGUUCUGCUGGACAAACAAAAUCGUGCAAAGAUCACCGAUCUGGGCUUCUGCAAACCAGAGGCCAUGAUGUCCGGCAGCAUCGUUGGAACCCCCAUCCACAUGGCUCCAGAGCUCUUUACAGGAAAGUAUGAUAACUCGGUUGAUGUUUACGCCUUUGGGAUCCUUUUCUGGUACCUCUGCACUGGUUCAGUUAAACUCCCAGAAGCCUUUGAGAAAUGCUCCAGUAAGGACCAGCUGUGGAAUAAUGUUAAAAAAGGAGCCAGACCCGAACGGUUGCCCACUUUUGAUGAGGAAUGCUGGCAGCUGAUGGAGGCCUGCUGGAACGGGGACCCCUCCCUGAGGCCCCUGCUCGGUAUUGUGGAGCCCAGCCUGCAAAGCAUCAUGGUCCGGCUCUGCAACCGUGGCUCAGAACAGAAGAGCAGCAGCCUCGACGACUCAAACUGAAAACACUCCGGACAAACCAGCAAACUGUCUUUCUUGUAUUUAUGAAGUGUGGAGAUGAACAUGUGACAAAUGAAUAUUGUUUGGGCUCUCCUCCUUUAGUUGGAUUUACAUUAUUUAUGAGGAGUUGACGCAGAUCUAAAGUUUGCAAAUAUUUUAUUGUUUGUGAUUUGUGCAUUUGUAUACAAACUCUUCAUGCUUUGGUCGUUGCUGUGCUAAUUGUUGCUUGGUCAUAGGAUUGUUUCUAAAUGCAAACUGUUUUAAAAGUAGGCCGUGCCCAUGUUGUGAAAAAAAAUUUCAAUAUAUAAAAGAUUAAUUUUAGAUUGUAUUUAAACUGAAAGUGUCUGCAUCUAUACAAAUACAUCUUUUUUUUUAAAUAAAAUGAUCAGAUACAACUCAA